UCGUCUCUGGAAAGUGAGUUCAGUCGCGGCCGCGCGAUCGCGUCGAACGAUAUUUGUCUGCGCGUGCAGCUUGUUCACUUCUAGGAGCGUUACCGUUUGGCUCCGGGAAACAUCGGUGUGCCUUGAAACAGCAUCCUCGCACGUUGCCAGCGAGCGUACCAACCAGACAAGAUCGGCGGCAUGCGAUCAUCGUAGCGAGCGUCCAGGGACAAGGGGAAGAGAUUUCAAUCGUUUGAGCGGCAUAAGCGAUAAACAUGCUGCCGCGGUUGAUAGCUGUGCUCUGUACAGCACUUCCGGUAGUGCUGUCUCAGAGCAACUAUGCCUCUCAGGGCAACAGCAUCGAGUACCAGCCAGGUUUGCCUCCGAGCACGGUUCUAAAUGGCAAGGUAACCAAAUUGGACGACAUCUCGUCGAUGAUAUUUCUGAAUCGCACGAAGGCGUACCUGAAUUGCAGCCAGGGUAGCAUGCAGGUUGAGUUGAAGUUCGAGGAACUUUACGGUGUCGCCUACGCGGAUUUCGAUCGUAACAGUGCCUGCAUAUUCAAAGGACGCGGAUCGACCAGUGCUAAGUUAGAACUACCUCUAAAAGGAUGUGGCACGAGGCAGGAUCCUCAGCGCGUGUUCACAAACAACGUCGUAGUACGUUUCCAUCCUGGUCUGGAAAUGGAUGGCGACGAAGUAAUCACUAUAGUUUGCAGAUACCCUCCGCCUGUGGCGCCCAUACCGCCAGCGCCUCCUGCCAGCAUAUUGGCCAUCCCCGCCCCUGCCCCGUUGCCCGAGCCUCCACUCAAGGGAUUCCAGAUACUCCUCAUCAUUUGUGCGAUCCUUUUCCUCUCGUUGCUGUUGCUAGGCCUGGGCUGUUCGUACAUGUGCCUGAAGCGCAGGAACGUUCGCGUGAUACACCGUCAUCCAUUCGGAAGUGACUCGGGUUCUGAGAUAACGAAACCCUCCACACCUAAUCUGGGCAGUAUCAUUAUGUUCGAAGGACUGAAGAUUCCUCGGCCUAGACCAUUCCAUACAUCUACCUCUACCACUGGUAGUGAUACGCAUUUAAUGAAUCCCUCGCUACCCAGCGAUUAUCCGAGCGAGACGUCCGAGGGUGACGAAGAGCCUUCCUUGCCCGGAUCAUCGGCUGGUUCAUACGACAAGCAGGUGUUCGUUCAUCACGAGACUCAUCAACGCCAAGAAAUGCGUACCAAUAGCUCUCUGUAUUUGGAUACGGUAGCUGCGGAAAUGGAGACUUCAUCGAUGACGGCAAUGAACGCCUCGAGAUCAACUCUGCCCCGUCACAUAAUGGCAGUGCCCAUCGAACCAAAGUUUGAUGUACAAAUGAGGGUGACGAAACUGCCGCCAACUUCACCUAGCCCACUACCUUCCGAAUCUGAUAUAGCGAGUGUUGCUUUAGAAAGGAAUUUGACUACCAUCUUAGAGAAGGAAGAGUCUAGCCUGACCCGUAGUUUGGAGAGUCCACCCGCCAGGACUACCUUCUCAUACGUCCCAGAACUUCACGUACCUCCCGGAGGAAGCUCUUCCACUUCGACGAUAUCCAGACAACAAACUCCACCGGUUUAUUCCAGAAUCCUUCGAAAACAAGCGGAAAGAGAGACAACCACCAGCACCAGUGUUCUUCAAGAACUUAUACCAUCGCCCUCCCCCGUCGAACAGCCGCCCCUUCAACAUCACGAGAUUCGUAGGCCCAGAUCAUUAACUUCCUUAAACACAGAAUUAACGGAAACCCGGUCCUUGACGGAGGUCACUGACCACACUCAUGCCAAGUACAGAGUGGCUAGCAUCCUAGCACCAACACCUCCACCUCCUCCACCGAUUGUUCCCACGGUCACGAGUACACACACAGCCGUACAGCAUCGCGAACACCGGCUAUUCCGCGAAGAAGUAACGGAACCAUUGGUGGAGCCUCAGGUGGUCGCUCCAAGACGUCCAGAGAUAACGACUCACGAGGUGGACGAUGUGUUCCUGAAGACAGUAACGGAGAAGAAGACGAUCGAGGAUGUGGAACGUCAUCGUCGACAGGUAACCGAGUACCGAGCUAAGCCUCCGCCAGAUCCAAAGUGGGACGUGACCAUCAGGAACUAUCCGACCGAGAAUCUCCCGCCUCCUCCACCGGAAUGGGAGAACUUCUCCGACGUCAGUUCCAAUUCCAAUCUAACCAUCACUAACGAGCCCACAGGCAUCCAGACCGACGCACCGAUAGACGAGGAAGCGGAUGUGAACAUAGAACCUACGUACACGGCCCGCGCCGAAAUACCUUGCAGACCACCCCCGGUAACACGCCGCUCGGUCGACGAGACCGACGCCGACUGGUUCAGCAGAUUGUCCCGGGUACUGGACCCGCGUUACGUGUCCGAGUUCACAGAGGAGGAACGUGCCAAAUGGCGAGAGAUAAUCACCACAGACAGCACCCUCAGAACUCUGCUGACCGAAGCCGUGGUGAAGGAGGACUACGAGCUCAUACGCAAAGACGCCAGAUAUACCAACCUGUUCCCACCAGCUAAAUGGGACGUGAUCAUUCGUAUCCUGGGUCCUCCCUCGAUGCACGCCGGGUCCACGUCCUCUUCGACUCAUGGCAAGAACCAUGGCCAAAGGUACAAGAGGUCCAAGUCCUCGGAAUGGGACACUAGGUCCAGAAGGUCCUCUCUGCCGACGUUGUACGAGUACGAGAGCGACGGAGGUAGCUCCGCCCACACUCACAGUCACCGGCUACAGAUGUCCCAGUCGACCACAGCGAUGGGCCAGUCACGCCUGCGUAGAUUGGGCUCCAGUCACAGGGGUACAGGUGGGGCCAGCGAAGUGGACGUCAGGUCCAUGUCCGAGAUGACUGUUCGUGAUUUCGCCAGGGUAGACCGGGACGAUUUGACGAGCCUGAGCUCCUUCGAGGGAGCUGAUUCCCUGGUGAGAUCUCUUAGCCAGCCUAGCUUAGCCAGAAGUGGGUCAGAGUUCACGGAACAUUGGGGCAUACCAUCCGGGAUGAUGGAUCUUCCCCCCUGGGCCGCUGAAGAGGGAUCUAGCUCCGUGGAAAGUACACCUAGGGCGGUGAGAAGAAACGAUCGUUUGGAGGUUCUUGCUUCAUUUGACGAUCGCAGACAAGGCUCGGCUACGACCAGAUCCAGCCGGUACGUGGAGAGAGAGCUGAACAGUGUUCGGGUCACCGAGGGCCAGAGAACUUCGAAUUGGUUCCACGACGAUUCCGAGCCUGAAAUGCAGAUCUGAGCUAGAAACUCGGGUUAAAACUGCCCUUGAUUGCCGACUGUUGCCUAGGUCCUUGUUUCAUUCUAGGACCUAUGUUGCUUCCGAUCAAACGCUUCCUGUUCUUUUCUUUGAAAUGUGUAGACUGUACACACUGCCCUGUCAAGUAUCGUAUACUCAUUUUCUCCGUAUUUGACAGAUCGGAAGACGCUUUUUUUUUACGAAUUUCUUCGAACGAACGGUUACGUACUUACGACUCAAUGCGUUGGCUGUCAUGCGAAUCGGUUGGGACGGUUCAAUAAAAAAUGUAUUUUUCCAGUCAUGGUAAGGAGAUGUGCUUUCAUUUGGAUUAGAUUGAAAAUGUUAUCGAGAUACCGAGCAGUCAACAUAUUGAUGAACAACAGCCAUUCUCUCCACUUGCCACUCGAGUUUAUGAAAAGAAAAUGGCGGACUCGACGUCAACGAAACGAGUGGAACUGUAGACUCUGGCUAAACUGUCGAAAUAACUUAGAAAUUAACUCGAUGAAAGUCUAAGUAUAAGUUUAUCAAUUAACCAGGCAACAAAUUUGCUUUUCUAACGAUCGAUCACCGAAUGCCGUAUUUCAAAGAUCUCUAUGAUCCUUAAUCCUUAGAUUCCUAGACGGAGUAACUUGGGUCUUUCACAUUUUAAUAUUUUGUUUCCCUUUUCUUUUUUUUACAAGCAAGUUAGGAGGAGCUCUCUUUCCUGCCAUCCGUCCAUCGUUAUUUCAGGUUAUGUCUUACAUAAUUUCUAACGUUUAAGAUAGCUAAUUAGAAGAAUUCCUGACGGACCCUAGCGACCCCAUUCUGGUCUUGUGCAAAGCAAAGAUUCAGUAUCUAAGGGUUAGAAACCACCUUAAGAUUGCGAGACGAUAUUUAACACGUUCGCUACAAUUGUUUGCAGACUUAUACUAAAAAUUUCUAAUUUUCAAAUAUUUAUUUUACAAGUAUAAUUAAUGUAAAUAUGAAAUUUUUAGUUACACGUAUCGUAACGGUGCUAAAAUUUACUGAAUUAAAUUAUCUCAAAAACUAUUUUAAACUCUAUAGAAUAUUUCAUUUUAAUUGAAAAUUAAACAGGUUCAAUGGCAAUUUUACAAUUUAUAUUUUACAGCUCCCUUACCUUACUACACGUUCCUGCUUAGUUGGGUAGAUCUACCCAUAUCAGGGAGGUAUCAACUAUCAUUAUUCUCUACAGUCUUAUUUUAACAAAGAAUCAUUACCAUGUACGUUAUAUAGUCUGGCACUACUCAUUUUUCGUUUUAACUUUCAACUAAUGUGAUGCAAAUCCUCCUUCCAAGACGCACCUGGUGCGUCGUAAGAAAAAGUUGAAUACAGAAUGACGCACCUGUUGCGUCGCGACUAGCAGAUCCUAUGCUCUCUAAAUUUUCGUAUAGCGUAUACGGAAAUUAGAACACCAAUGGGGAAGAACAAAGAAGUUAGCGAAAGUGUUAAAUAUUCAGUCGGUGGUACCGCUGCGAUAAUAGUACAUUUAAGUAGGUAAACGAAACAUACGGUGCUGGGUUAUACGCUUCAAACAAUAUCUAAGACUUCCCUCUUCAAGUCGUACUUUAUUUUCUCAGAGUUGAAAUGUAUUCCAUAGGAGGAAUGUAUGAAAGUUUUGAGAGAGGUGUCGACCGUGUGAAUAGCUAGUUUAUUCACAAUUUCGUACAUAACCUAUUCAAGGACACUGCAAGACACAUACGAGUACGUUUAAUCUUCAUCUUUGUUUUUUUCUUUUGAUUCAGCGACCGAUCCUUCCUUAUCCUUCUUUGUAUAUUGCUAGCGUGAUUCAAUAAAUAAAGAGACAAUCAUACGUA